UAAAUUGGCAGCACUGCUCGUUGCGUCUCGUGUGUUUGGCUUUGCGUAACGUCGUUUAUUUGAUUUUGAUUUUUUGUGCCAGCCGCUUCCACAGACGACGGACAAAAUGGUGCUGACCAAGGAGUACCGCGUUUGCAUGCCUCUCACUUUGGAGGAGUACAAAAUCGGUCAGCUUUAUAUGAUAGCGCGCCACAGUCUGGAGCAGUCGGAGGAGGGCGAAGGCGUCGAGGUGGUGGAGAACAAGCCAUGCGAGGAUCCCGUCCACGGAAAAGGCCAGUACACAGAGAAACACAUCCAUUUGUCCAGCCGGUUGCCGUACUGGAUACAGGCCAUCUGCCCUCGCGUCUUCUACGUGAUAGAGAAAUCCUGGAACUACUAUCCCUACACGCUAACAGAAUACACGUGCUCCUUCAUACCCAAGCUCCAUGUGCUCAUCAAAACGAAAUAUGAAGACAACAACGGAAGCACAGAAAAUUGCCUGGAUCUUACCGAGGAGGAGCUGAAGGUGCGGACAGUGGAUCACUUGGACAUAGCUUUUGACGACCUCAGUCCGAAGCACUACAAGAAGGAGGAGGAUCCCAAGUUUUACAAAUCACAAAAGACAAAUCGUGGUCCCCUGAUUGAGGGAUGGCGUGAACUGGACAAACCCAUCAUGUGCUCCUACAAAGUGGUCCAUGCCUCUUUCGAGGUCUGGGGCCUGCAGACCAAAGUGGAAGACUUUAUUCAGCGUGGUAUCCGGGAGAUCCUGCUGCUGGGCCACCGACAGGCCUUCGCCUGGCUGGACGAGUGGCAUGGCAUGACCCUCGAGGAUGUGCGCGACUACGAGCGACAGAAGCAAGCCGAGACCAACGAGAAGAUCAACAAUACCAGCGGCGGGGCCAAUGAGGCAGCUGGCGAUGCUGCCACUCCAAACAAUGCCGAUGAUGAUGUGGACUAAGUUAGCUUUAUAGUCAUAACAGGGAAAGUAUGCAGGCAAAUUGUACCUUCAAAGCCUCGGGGCAAGCUUAGGGAAUAUCUUAUCAACGUACGCAUAUAUGUGUAUAUAGUAUAUCAGUGUCGAUGCAUUUUCACUGGUCCAAAGAAGCUCAGAGCUCUAGUUACUGCCUGCAGCGUUUCAAACAAUGUACAAGCACCUAGCUGGAAACUCGAAACCAAAUAAUUGUUAAACGUACUAGACCACGCAAAUUUUAGUCAAAACUUAUACAUUUAUAUUUAUGCACACACGCUAGUGAACGGUUUGUGUUACCUAUAUUCCUUAGUUUAAUUUUCAACUAAAUGGUACGUAUAUUUUGGUGUACAAAUACAAAAAUAUAAUGAUUAUAAAUGUACCUAAAAA